AUGGGGUUGGGAACGGCUUCUCUUUUAUGUUUGCUUGCUUUACCCUCUGUGGCACUCGCGCAAUCCGUGGUCUACACCACCGAUUUAAACGGAAAUGCAUACACAACCACAGUGUACACUUCAGGUAGCACUUAUGAUGGAGCAACCACCACCUCCGGUUAUUCAGCCCCGAGCUAUGUCCCUGCUAUCCAGACCGUACCAUUCACAGGCCAGGCAUUGCUCGUUGGAACGUGCAACAUUGCUCGAUUCACCCUCCUAACAUUCCCUGACGGCAGCUCGGUCGAAGUUCCACUUGUGGGAUGUUCCGACGACCGGCCAGAAUGCUGUCCAUCAUUGAAUUUCACACAUUCCGAGCCAGAAGAGACGGGUUCUGCUGCUUCGUCGGCCACAGAUGAGGGAGACGAACAUGAGUCCAGCACGUCCUGGACAGGCACGACUCCCAGUCCGACUCCAACGGGAAUCAUCUCCAUGCUGAGCAAUGCCCCACUUACUAUUUGUCCAAGUGAUAUGGUUGACAUCGACCCAGUCUGCUGUCCAAGUGGCUUCACCACUUAUGGCGAAAGCAUCAUCGGCAACCUCCCUUGCGUAAGUACACUCACGACGACGAUCUCGCCCGAUUCGGCCGUGCUGGCAUCCAUAACCUCGAUGGUAUCAGCUUCCUUGGCCGCCCAGUCGACGGUGUCAACCCCGACUGUAAAUGUCAUCGUGAAUCAAGUGUGGGCAUUGGGCCUUCCUUGCGCUGACGACGAAGAUGAAGAAGACCACACUCAUUUAAGCACGGGCGCCAAAAUUGGGAUCGGGGUCGGGGUCGGUGUCGCCGGUCUUCUCCUCAUCGGCUUGUUCUGGGCGUGUCUCGCCGUCCGCCACCGCCGGCGGGCAAAGAUGCGGAAACUCGAAGCUGCCAACACCGCCGCUGGUGGCCCGAUUCGUCCUGAGUCGACGGCGUAUGCCGCCGCACAGGAGAACCCCAAACACAUGUCCGUGGCGACGACCAUGGCCCCGUCUCCCUCAGUAGGCAGCCCGCACAUGAUGCAGCAACAAUACGGCUCGCCCACGCACGGCUUCAGCCCAGCGUUCGGGUACGCGGCGCCGCAGCAGGGCCAGCCGCCGCAGAUGAUGCAGGUACAGGACCCCUACGGUCAUCCGUAUGGCAUCCAAGCUAUUCCCGAAGGAUACCCACCCAUGGGCUACCCGCAAUCCCACUCCCCACCGCCGCCAUUCUACCCCUCCGGCGGCGGCGGCGGCAGUUACAGCCAGGCCGGGCCGUACAAAGACGCGCUGCCCGCCGAGGUCGCGGGGGACGAAGUCCGCCAUUUCUCACCUCAAUCGCACCGUGAGAGCAUGGGCUUCUCGGCCAGCGACACCCGCAGCCAGGUUACGUCGACCACCGCGGUGGGCAGCUCGCAACCCGGCGCGGAGCCGCAGAAACCGCCUGCAGAACUGAGUUAG